ACAACCCGGCAGUGCAACACAUGAGAAACCAACCAUGACUCAAACAGUCAGCUUCUUCUGUAGACUUGCACUUUAACCUCAUCCUUCAGAAACAUCUCCUCCGACACAUGCCACAUUUGAGCGGACGGUUGAACCGAGCGGUGUGCCUCCACCCCCCUGCGUGCGAGAGCUCUGCCUGGACGUGUUUUCUGUUUGGAUGGUGUACAGUCGAGCGAAGGAGCGCUUCCGCUUUGCCUGCAGCCGUGCUGUCACAGCGGGAGGAUGAACAACCAGAAAUGUAGCACUUUAAUUCAGAAACCAAGAGGACGGACGAGCAUUAUAAAAUGUAUCUAUGUUGUGGGCUUCAUGGACUUGUUUGGGGUGAGCAUGAUCAUCCCAUUGCUGAGCCAUCAUGUGAAAGCUCUUGGAGCGAGUCCCACUGUGGCUGGGAUUGUAGGGUCUACAUAUGGGAUCUUACAGCUCUUCUCAAGCACAAUAGUUGGCAGCUGGAGUGAUGUGGUGGGACGGCGGUACUCUCUGCUGGCAUGUCUGCUGCUAAGCGCUCUGGGCUACGGCCUGCUCGGGAUGUCCACCAGCAUCGCUUUGUUCGUCCUCGCACGGAUACCUGUGGGGCUCUUCAAGCACUCGCUGUCCAUCUGCAGAGCCCUGCUGUCUGACCUGGUGUCUGAGUCAGAGCGCCCUCUGGUGAUGGGAUACUUCAAUGCAGCCUCCAGUGUUGGCUUCAUCCUGGGUCCUGUGGUGGGUGGCUACCUCACGGAGCAUGAGGGCGGCUUUUAUACCUCGUCCUUUACCUGUGCAGCCAUCUUCCUUCUUAAUGCAGGACUGGUAUGGAUGCUACCAUGGAGCGAGGCACAUGUUCAUCGUAAUGGGACAAACUCCAGCAACGACGCACGAAAAGGUUGUCGUGAUAACAACUACAGUAAAUCAGUUCAGAAUGGCUCUCAUGCAAAUAGUCGCUGCAUGGAGUCGACAGCAGAGACUGACCCAAGACCCAGAGCUCCAGGGAACCACCGAGGUGGCCUCAGGUGGAUGGAGGUGUCUCUGCUCCAGCCUGUCUGGAGACAGCUGUCCUCAGUGGGCACCAGGAUCCGCAUGGUGGCCUCCUCUGACAUGUGGGAUUUGUUCCUGGUGCGACUUCUGAUGGCCAUAUCUAUCAUGCUUUAUUACAGUAAUUUCUCUCUGGCUAUGGAGGAGCGUUUUUCACUCAAACCAAAGGUGACGGGUUAUAUGAUCAGCUACGGUAGCACACUGGGGGCCCUGGCAGGGUUCCUGGUGGGGCCGGUCACCCAGAUGUAUGGGAACAACAUGGCUGCUCUGCUGCUCCACUCCACAGUUCUGACCUGCUCGUUAAUUUUUCUGUAUGCUGCUGCACCCAGUGUGUGGCAGGUGUUAUUCACCUCCAGCUUCUUGGCCAUUUCCACCUCUAUUGGACGGACAUGCAUCACAGACCUGGAGCUGCAGAGAGGAGGGGUCCAGGCCAGUGGGACUCUGAUCGGAGCCGGGCAGUCAGUCACAGCCGUCGGUCGAAUCCUGGCCCCUCUCCUCUCUGGUCUGGCCCAGGAGUUCAGCCCCUGUGGUCCCCCCAGCCUGGGAGUGGUCCUCGCUCUCGCAGCUGUAGGUUUACUGCUCAUCAGGAUCCCUAAAUGGGAUGGGAGGGGGAUGAGAAAAACGGCCAAGCUCGUAAAGUCUGAGUAACUGAACAAAUUUAAAAUUAUGAAAAUGAAUGCAAAUGUACCACAUGGAGAAGUGCCCUUAUUUGUAGGCCAGCUGUGAAGAUGAACAGCAGACUCAUAGUAGGUACGAUGUUCCCUGCUCAAAGGCCUCUGCCACACACGUCUGUAGAUGCAGGGUCAGAGUGGCUCGUCAACACCAGCACUGCAGUCCUUCACUCAGGAAGAGCAGCUUUGAAACUCAAGCAAAGCAUCGAUGUGAAGUCAGGGCCGAAAAGUUUAAUACAAGGAGGUCUGAACAGACAGAAACAUAUGGACCUUGUUCUGGCAGAUACUGCUUGGGACAGCUUGAUUGGAAACAGUGCACGUUUAUUUUUAAUCUUAUUUUCUAACCACUACAGUCUCCGAAGUCCCUGGUGUUACUGUCUGCCUGCUGAUGAUGAGACAGAGGAGAUCCUCCUUUUAAAGGUAGUAACACUUCAGACAUCCAGAAAUGAGCUGGAACUGUAUUUAAUGUGGGGAAAGCCUGACUGUCACAUGGUAGUUGACACUGUUAUAGUAAUAAUAAAAAUAAAUUAGUUUAACAAACUUUACCUCAUUCAGUCAGUUGUUUCUGCUGAUGCACUGCAUUAGAAAUAAUUCCUGUGGUGGCUUACGAGCAGCUGCUUGCUCUGGUUUCUGAUUCUUGAAUUUUAGUUGGAGAUUUGUGAGAUUUGACUUAGGAGAACUUUUAAUAAAGAUGUUGAGAUUUGACGGAUUUAACUGUAUACCGAGUACCACCGCUGUCAAAACAUUAAAUGUUAAGACGUAAAAAUGGUAAUGUUUAUAAAUGCCAAAAAGUCACAAGGAAUAAACAAAGUUUUGUAUGCGA